GCUCGAGGCGGAGGGCGUGGCCGGGAGCGCUGACGCUCCUCUGUGUUUAUGUGGACCCGAGCAGCAAACAGUCCACACGGUAACCUGUCAGACCUCCAAACCGUGGAUCAAAAACGUGUGCCGUAGCGUCACCCCGGCCCGGGUGCCAUGGUCCUCAGUUACACAUGAGCUCUACUAUGUGGUACAUCAUGCAAAGCAUUCAAAGUAAAUACUCGUUGUCUGAGCGGCUCAUACGCACCAUCGCAGCUAUUCGCUCCUUCCCACAUGACAAUGUGGAGGAUCUCAUUCGUAAGGGAGCUGAUGUGAACCGGAUGCACGGCACACUUAAGCCCCUGCACUGUGCCUGUAUGGUGGCUGAUGCUGACUGUGUGGAGCUGUUGUUGGAGAAGGGCGCAGAGGUAAAUGCUCUGGAUGGAUAUAACCGCACAGCGCUGCACUAUGCAGCAGAGAAGGAUGAGAGCUGCGUGGAGCUGCUGUUGGAGUAUGGAGCCCAGCCAAACGCCCUGGACGGCAACAAGGACACUCCACUUCACUGGGCCGCCUUCAAAGACAACCCAGAGUGUGUGAGGGCUCUGCUGGAGAGUGGGGCUUGUCCCAAUGCCAGGGACUACAACAAUGACACGCCUUUGAGCUGGGCAGCAAUGAAAGGCAACCUGGAGAGUGUCAAAGUGCUAUUAGACUACGGAGCCCAGGUCCAUGUGACCAACCUGAAGGGCCAGACCCCUAUCUCCCGACUGGUGGCCCUGUUGGCCCGGGGCCUGGGCACUGAACAGGAGGAGGAGUGCCUGGAGCUGCUGUGCCGGGCAGCAGGCCGCUUUGAGAUCCGGCGGGCUGACGGCACCCUUCCCAGAGAGCUGAGUAAGGAUCCCCAGCUGCUGGCCAGGCUGACCAACAUGGUGGCUCAGGCUCCCACGCUUCGCUCUCUGGCACGAUGUGCUGUUCGCCAGAGUCUCGGAGUCCAGUUCCUCCCUACUGCUGUAAAAGAGCUUCCUUUACCAGAGACUAUCAAAGACUAUUUACUGCUGAGAGACUGAGGUGAUGAAAGCCUUCGGGGAGCUCUCAGACCUCACUGGCUGAUUAUUAGACAGCUCAGCACACAGCAUUUAUUGGCAGCGUCUCCACUGAAUUAUGGGAUAUUGUCUGACAGUGGCCCUCAUUUAUUACACUUUGCAAAUGAGUACAGAUUUAUGUCCUUUUUUUAUUAUCUAGUGGACUACAUGAAUAGUGCAGAUUGUAACGUUUGAUCCAUUUCAGUUGUAGGGAAAAGACUGGAGCAGUCCAUGUUUAUAUUGUUUCAUUAAAACAUCUAAAAAGUAAGUUAUUUUUGGUAACUCUGGUCUGGCCUGUUAAAAAUAAUUGUUUUCUCAGCCCAUCCUGCAUGUAGAGUUAUUCAUUUUUUUGUAUGCAAAAUGGAAAAAAAAAAAACAAGUAUUAAAUGUUCCAUUUGAAUGCUUAAAUAUCAUGUUAUUAUGGUUUGUCACAGAACAAAUGUUGAGUUUGAUGGUAAAAGUAGUAUGUGCUCAUUGUAGGAUUAGAUUUAAAUGUAAGAUUUAUAGGUUUAUAAAUGAGGGCUAAUGUCUAAUGAUGCCACAGGAUGCAGCUCCUGAAGUAGUGCUCAGGAACUAAUGUUAUGUAGUGAAAAUGAUAGUUGGAGUGGCCAUCUUUCUGUCGAUGACGUCCCAGUGAACUCACAAUGCAAUAGAUUUUGCAAUGUCAAGAAAAACAAGAAAACAGAGGAAAAAAACACACUUUGACCUGAACAGAAAAGAUUGUGCCAGAUUGAAAUAGUUUUACUUUGCAGGAUAUUAUGAUUGGUUUCACAAAAUGUGCCAGGCACACGCAGCUUGCCUCCAUCUUGCUCUCUGAACAUGUUCCACACUGAUUCAAAGUGAUGUCAACACGCCUGCUAUCACAUGCAGUUUACUAUUUAUUUGGGGUUUAUUUCAGUGAAGGUUGCCAAGGAGGAAUAUAAUGCUUUCAUUUUAUUUUUUUAAAAUAAUGGAUCUUUUCAGUCUUAACAUGCAAAAGUUUGGGUUUUCAAAGGUGCUCCUAGGUCUGCAUAUGUUUUUAAAAAAUACUUUAUUUUAAAUGAAAUGUUUAAAUGUUAGAACCAUGAAAUGGCAUGAUGUUUUUGUCCUUGAAAAAAAAAUCACUAAAUAAUGAUAAUGAUAAAUGUAUUUGCGUUUGUUAUAGGAUCUGUCUAAAAUCUGACCAUUUCUGUGCUUGAUUUUGUUUGCUUGUUCGGCUGCUUUAUAAAAAAGAAUUAACCCCUUAGAUCAUGUUUUGUGUACACUUGCAAAAGUGCUCUUUUUGUUUGUCAAUGAAAGUAAAUGCCUUUAUAUUGUA